AAAGAAAGGUUCAGACAACAAACAGAAUCCUUACCUCACACAUACUCUCUCACUCUCGUGUCUUGUAUAGCUUCAAAUCUUUCCCUCCACAAGGGAAAGAAAGCAAAGAAUUUAUGGAAACCAACUCAGUUUCCAAGCUUCUGGUACUUGUCUUCACUGUUCUGUUUGUAGGUUCUGAGUUGAUCCAUUGCAGUGUCACCUAUGAUAGGAAAGCCAUUAUCAUCAAUGGCCAAAGGAGAAUCCUCAUCUCUGGCUCCAUUCACUACCCCAGAAGCACCCCUGAAAUGUGGGAGGAUCUAAUUAGGAAGGCGAAAGAUGGAGGCCUUGAUGUUAUCGACACUUAUGUGUUCUGGAAUGUUCAUGAACCAUCUCCUGGCAAUUACAAUUUUCAAGGGAGGUACGAUCUGGUACGGUUCAUUAAGACAGUGCAAAGGGUUGGGCUCUAUGUCCACCUUCGCAUUGGACCUUAUGUAUGCGCUGAGUGGAACUUUGGAGGGUUUCCUGUUUGGUUGAAGUAUGUUCCUGGCAUCAGCUUCAGAACAGAUAAUGGUCCUUUCAAGGCUGCAAUGCAAAGUUUCACUCAGAAAAUAGUUCAGAUGAUGAAGAACGAAAAGCUAUUUCAGUCUCAGGGUGGUCCAAUCAUUCUUUCUCAGAUUGAGAAUGAGUAUGGACCUGAAAGCAGGGCACUGGGAGGUGCUGGUCAUGCAUACACAAACUGGGCUGCAAAGAUGGCUGUUGGAUUGGGUACUGGUGUCCCCUGGGUAAUGUGCAAGCAAGAUGAUGCCCCAGAUCCAGUGAUAAAUGCAUGCAAUGGUUUUUAUUGUGAUGACUUCUCUCCAAAUAAACCAUACAAACCUAGCCUUUGGACUGAGUCUUGGAGUGGUUGGUUCACAGAAUUUGGUGGUCCAAUUUACCAACGACCAGUUCAGGAUCUAGCAUUUGGGAUUGCCCGUUUCAUACAAAAGGGUGGCUCAUUUUUCAAUUACUACAUGUACCAUGGAGGAACUAAUUUUGGACGAUCAGCUGGAGGGCCAUUCGUUACUACAAGCUAUGACUAUGAUGCUCCAAUUGAUGAAUAUGGUUUGAUCAGGGAACCUAAAUAUGGUCAUUUGAAGGACCUUCAUAAAGCUAUUAAGCAAUGUGAACGGGCUUUGGUUUCUUCAGAUCCCACUGUCACAUCAUUAGGAACGUAUGAGCAGGCUCAUGUGUUCUCUUCAAGAAAUGGAGCAUGUGCAGCUUUUCUUGCAAACUACAAUUCAAAUUCUGCAGCAAAAGUGAUGUUCAAUAAUAGGAAAUAUAACUUGCCUCCUUGGUCCAUAAGCAUCCUCCCUGAUUGUAGAACAGAUGUAUUUAACACUGCAAGAGUAAGGUUUCAAACUUCACUAAUACAAAUGGUGCCUAGCAAUUCCAAGUUGUUCUCAUGGGAGACCUAUGAUGAAGAUGUAUCUUCACUAGCAGAAAGUUCCAAGAUUACAGCUUCUGGACUAUUAGAACAGAUCAAUGCUACCAGGGACACCAGUGACUAUCUAUGGUAUAUAACCAGUGUUGACAUUAGUUCAUCAGAAUCAUUUCUUAGAGGAGGGCGCAAGCCUAGCAUUAGUGUUCAUUCUGCAGGCCAUGCUGUCCAUGUGUUUAUUAACGGUCAAUUUUCAGGCUCCUCUUUUGGGACAAGGGAAGACAGAAGUUGCACAUUUGAUGGCCCUGUUAACCUACGUGCUGGAACUAAUAAAAUAGCACUUCUUAGUGUAGCUGUUGGAUUACCUAAUGUUGGAUUCCAUUUUGAAACAUGGAAAGCUGGGAUCACUGGAGUUUUGCUUCAUGGUCUUGACCACGGACAGAAGGAUUUGACUUGGCAGAAAUGGUCAUACCAGAUUGGUCUAAAAGGAGAGGGUAUGAAUUUGGUGUCUCCCAAUGGGGUCACAUCUGUUGACUGGGUCACAAAUUCACUAGCUGCCAGGAGCCCGUCUCAGUUGAAAUGGCACAAGGCUUAUUUCAAUGCACCUGAUGGAAAUGAAGUAUUGGCCUUGGACCUGAGCAGUAUGGGAAAGGGUCAAGCAUGGAUCAAUGGACAAAGCAUAGGAAGGUAUUGGAUGAAUUAUGCAAAGGGUUCCUGUAAUUCUUGCAACUAUGCUGGGACAUUCCGGCCUGCAAAAUGCCAACUGGGUUGUGGACAACCUACCCAACGAUGGUAUCACGUGCCAAGAUCAUGGUUAAAGCCAACAAAGAACUUGAUAGUAGUAUUCGAGGAAUUGGGUGGGAAUCCUUGGAAAAUAGCUUUGGUAAAAAGGACAAUACAUACUCCAACAACUAGUGAACCCGAUUCAAAGAAUUGAAAGAAUGUGAACAUGAGUAGUAGCCAAAUGGUUAUCGACAGGGUAUCAUGCAAUGGGGUCAUAAUUCAAAAUUUGUUUGUCCAUUUGUGGAGUUCUCUGGCUUCCAUUGGCAUUGAUAUAGAUCAUAAUGUUGAGAGAAUAAGUUAAUGUGUUUGGUUCAACCGUUGAUGUGUUCAUCUUCAAUUCUACAUUUUUCUUGAUCUUGCAUCAAGAUGGGGGCACUCUGGAUGAUUCAAAAGGUGUGGCCAAGUUGAUUUUUAAUUUAUUCUUUGUACAAAAAUCAAGAACAAACGGAUCCCUAAAAUCACCAAAAGAAGUCAGCAAAA